CUCGCCCCAUUGUUUAACAAAUUCGGAUGUUAAUUUUAUCGGGGAAAUAUUGAAUUAAAUUCGCCGUUUUUGUUAAUGAAAUUAUGCAAUUAUAGUGAGUAGACGGUCGUCGGUUUCCUUUACAGUGAAUAAGUUUGGUCUGCUGAAAGUUCAAAAUGGGCAAAACUUAUUGUCAAGCCUGCAAGAAAAAGUGCUCGGGCGAAGUGCUGAGGGUCCAAGACAAAUAUUUCCACACUUCCUGCUUCAAGUGCAAAGCCUGCGGUUCUUCGUUGGCCCAGGGCGGAUUUUUCAGUAAAGAUGGUGCCUAUUACUGUACUGCCGAUUACCAAAGAAAUUUCGGUACUAAAUGCGCUGCUUGUGGAGAUUAUGUCGAAGGAGAAGUUGUUACUGCUUUGGGCAAAACUUACCAUCAAAAGUGUUUUACUUGUGCCAGGUGUAGGCAACCGUUUCCAUCAGGCGAAAAAGUUACCUAUACUGGUAAGGAAGUGCUUUGUCAAAAAUGUGUUCAGAUUCCUGUAAGAGAUGCUACACCUAAAACUAGUCCUUCAACGAUUAGUCCUUUGCCCAAUGAAUGUGCUGGUUGCCGGGAAGACUUGAAAGAAGGUCAAGUUUUGGUGGCACUAGACAAAAGCUGGCACAUUUGGUGCUUCAAGUGCCACUCGUGCGGCACCGUGCUACAUGGCGAGUACAUGGGCAAAGACGGAGUGCCGUAUUGCGAGCGAGACUACCAGAAACAGUUCGGCGUCAAGUGCGCCUACUGUAAUCGGUUUAUUAGCGGUAAAGUUUUACAGGCUGGCGAUAACCAUCAUUUCCAUCCGACUUGCGCCAGAUGUUCGAAAUGCGGCGAUCCGUUCGGAGAUGGCGAAGAAAUGUAUUUGCAGAGUGGCUCCGUUUGGCACCCGAGAUGCGGCCCGGGACCUCAAACCGAAGACGGUCGAAUCCUGAACGGCCCCGAAAACGGCAACAUCACCGACACCGACGUUAGUACCAAGGAUUUCGAUAGGCAUAGUACUAGUGGUGCUAGCGAAUUGCAAUUUUCAUAUAGGUCACGCACCCCUAGUUUGAAUGGCUCCUUGUAUAGUCCUACAAGCAUGCAUAGAAAGCAUUAUAAUCACAGCACGUACAGGACGCCAUCGCCAGGCCUAAUACUGCGCGAAUACAACAAAUCCGGUACCCUAGCCGACGACAUUUCUAGGAUUUACACGUAUAGCUACCUGACAGACGAACCGUCUUUAGGAUACCUAAAAAAACCCAUCGACCCUUAUGAUAGAGCCCCAAUUUCGCCCCACUUCCAUCGACCAACAUCACAAACUUCUCUAAGAUCCUCCACUGGAGCGGGAGGUAAAAGAUACGGUUCCCGCUCUGCCAUGAAGGUUCUUGUUGAUUCAAUUAGAACCGAAACUCCUCGGCCAAAGUCUCCUCACAUGAACAAUGAAGAACCAAUCGAAUUGAGUCAUUAUCCUGGUGCCAAGCCUCCACUACCUGGCGAACCUCUUAAAAUCGAAAGGGAUGAUUUUCCUGCGCCGCCUUAUCCUUACACUGAUCCAGAGCGCAGAAAAAGAUGGUCAGAUUCUUACAAAGGAGUACCCGAUUCCGAUGACGAUGAAGUAGACGGUAAGUUAGCGAAAGAGGUUGAAGAUGUCAAGCUGAAAAAAGAAGAAGAAGAGCUCAGUAAAAUGGGCAGUGGAAUUGGAAAGGUGUUUUUGAAAAACGUUAAAGAGAGGGAAAAGUUUAAGCAGUGGAAAGCAGUCAAUUUGGAUCCAAGAAAUGCUUCAAGGACCCCUUCAGCCAACAAAGAACCAGUUUACAGGCUCCGGUACGAUAACCCUUUAGGCGCCAGCCCUUCUCGUAAUUUGGACCAUUCUCGUCCUUUUGAUGAAGACGAAUAUGACAGGUCUUUCAGUUGUCGUUCUUCAUCGAUGAGCCGUCCUAGUGGAUGGAAUUAUAAUGUAGUGUCCUCACUUAGAAUGGUACCAAAACCCGGUUACGGAUUGAAAGCCAAUACCUUGCCAAGUGGAAACGGAUAUGGCGACUAUACAUAUACCGGAAUGGGUGUAAAAACCCACAGCACCGAUUUUAGUUCCGGAAAAUCAGACAUUUCCACCGGAUCCAUCACGGAUGUCGAAACGCGAAUGCACUCGGAAAUGGGUCCAGUGUCGUACGCGGUGGGCCGUUACGGGGGGGUCCAGAGAGGGUACGGGGGGUCUCAGGUGAGACGCAGCUUGCCCAACAUGGCCCAUCAAAUGCUGAUCAACGAACCGGCCAAGAUUUACCCUUACCAUCUGCUGGUCAUUACCAAUUAUCGGCUGCCGGCCGAUGCUGAUAGAUUAAACUUGGAGCGUCACUUGUCAGACCAAGAAUUCGAAGCGCUAUUUCAAUUGGCCAGAUCCGACUUUUACAGGUUACCGCAAUGGCGCCGAAACGAAAUAAAACGUAGAGCGAGGCUUUUCUAAUCUAAUAAUUAUUGGUUAUUAUUUUUGGUUAAGGUGUAGCUUAAAGAAAAAAAAAUAUAAUAUAAAACUUCUCUCUUAUUUAAGUAGAAUUACCAAUUGGGAGCUAUAUAUGUAUAUUUUGUUUAGUAAUAGAAGCUUUAAAAAAAAUUGCAGCUGCUUCAUAUAAAGACAAUAAAAAGUGUGUAGGUACAGGGUGUUAAGUUAUAAAGUAUGUAACUUUUCCCUUGUAACUUUUUUAUUUAUUUUUGAUCAUACAUAAAAAAGUUACAGGGGGUGGUACUUUAUAAUUUGACACCAGGUACAUCUUCAAAUAUAAAAUAAUAACUGCACUGCCCUAAGGACACCUUUUUUUUUUCGCUUAUAACGCUGUACAUUUUAUAGAAACAAAUUUAUACAAUUAAUAAUUGAACACCUCAAUGUGUCUUCUGUAACACUUUUGCAUUUAUAGUAUAAUAGGUUAUUGAUUAGGGGGGUGCUGCAGCUACAAUGAUGAUUAUUAUUUUUUUGAAGCCCAUAAUUAAGUUCCUCCAUUUUUCGAUGUUUUUACUAAUUUAUGACAAUUCCAAAAUUAUUUGAAUAAUGAUAAGACAGCUAUUAUAAUGUAUCUAUUUGAAAAAAAAAAAACAAAAUACUUUAAAAUAGAUAUUUUUCUAGGUCAUAAGUUUAAAGUAGUUAGGUUAUUAUUAUGAAGAAAAAAAAAAAUGCUUUAUAGAAUGCUUUACUUGGGCUAGUCUGAAUUUUGGAAGCUUUAAAGCUCAAAACAUGUUCAAUUGAUAUUUAAAGUUUUGGCUUUAAAGUAACUUAGCGCAAUUCACAUAGAGGCUUAUAUUUUUAUAUCUUUUUGAAACUGGAGCUCGUAAUAGUCUAUGGUAUAAAGGUAUGUUCUCACAAAUCAAUAAUUUUUCUUGGUCCACCUAAAUUAAAAAAUUUGUACUCUAAAGAAUAAUUCAAUGAUCUUUCAAACAGUCGAUAGACAUGAAAUUUUGGGUUUUGUGUCCAUAGAAUCAUGACUGAAGGCUUUAGAAUCUUCAAACUCUUCAGUGUAAGUCUUGGACUAUAAUUAUUCAUUCAAAUUCAAUUUUUUACUAAGACCUUGUACAAACAACAGCUAUUGAAAAAAUGCCUCAAGAAAAAUCGAUUGGUGAGAAAUUACCACAGGAAAAUAUUGUGAAUCAAAAAAAAAAAAAUCUCCUUGGGUUAUACCAAAGUAACUGUGGUUAUACUUUUUCUGUGUUGCAGAAUAUUCUUUUUGAAACUUCCACUCAAAUUUCUUUUUGAAUAGUAAAAAUGGCAAUAUUGCAUUUCUAACCAAUCUGGUAUUUGUUUGCUCUUUAAAGGUGUAAAAAUUUGUUCUAUUUAUGUAUUUUUAUUUCAUCAUGUUUAGAGUGCGACAUAUUUGUUGAUAUUUAUAUGCAAUAACAAUUAUUUCAAGUAAAUUGUAAUUUGUGUUUCUAUUAUACCUGUAAUUUGAUAAUAAUUCUAAUCUAGAUUGACCAAAAUGUUAAAUGUUAAAAUCUCGACAUGGAAAAAUUUGAAAUUCCAACAUCUUUGAAGGAAGGUAUAUCCCAUUCACAAUCCAUAGUCCAAAGGUGAAGGUAAAUUUAUCACCUUUCCCUAUCAAAAACGACGGACAAUAGGUAUUGCUCUGCGACAGUAGGUAAUCUGAAAUUUUCAGAAUAUCAUAUUCUAGCGAUUCUAAAGAUAAAAUCCAGCUGAAGAAAAAAAGGAAAUUUUAUUCAUUUUUCAAAGUUACAAAAUACUAGAAAAUUCUAAACAAACUUAUCAGUUAAGUAAGUAUAAGUAC